AUGCUGGUGGCCGCCGGCAUGUUCUUUGGCUGGCGCGGGCUGCUGGUGGGAGGCAUCCUGUUAUAUGUCUACACGGCAAACCAGCAGCCCCAGCCUGCCCCAAACCCAGCCGGCACAAACCGGCGUAUGGCCGCCGCCCAGGACUACUUCCAGCAGAUGCUCGGGCAGGCGCCGCUGGGCAGGGGCGGCACGGCGGCGGGGAGCGGCGGCCGCGCGCCGAACAUCUGGAUGGGCAUGAAGGUGGGCCAAGCCCGCAAGAAGUACGGGAUCACAUACCCGACCCUCUACGCGCCUCCCGGCCACAAGGAUGAGAAGGCCUUCAACUGCGUGCAGCGCGCCCACCAGAACUCUCUUGAGAACCUGCCCUCCUUCUAUGCCCUGCUCCUCACCGCCGGCAUCAAGGCGAGUGGGCCCAGGCUUGCACACAGCUAUCUCAUCAGUGCCUCCAUCGCCGGGGCGGUGGCGCUCGUCGGCCGCAUCUUCUUCUUCAACGGCUACAGCACCGGCGACCCGAAGGCCCGCUACCGGGGAGGCUUCACCCACUUUGGCACACUCGCACUGCUGGGCAUGGUCAUCGGCUGGUCGGCUCAGCUGCUGGCGCCUGUGGUGGGGCUGUGA